AUGGCCGCUGAAGUCGUCCAACAAGCGUGGCUCACAUUGAAGAAAUAUACUUGGCCAAUUCCAAUCACAAAGGUUAAGCUAGAGGACCAGAAGGUCAGAGCCUACGAGGGCGGUACCGCUACCAAAACCUUGUUUUCAGAUCUCUCAGAUAUCUGGUUCCCAGAUCAGGUCGGUAAACAUGCGCUCAUGUGCUUUCGGUAUCCUUUUAUGCCCUUGGUGUUGACAGAAUCCUUGAUUACACAGCUUAUCAAGCAAAGCGAAUCUCAUCUCCAUGAAGUUGAGGUCGAGCUGAAAGACCCACUACCAACCGUUACUUUUGUGCAUGCAAACGGCACAAGAAAAUCGAACUGGCCUUUUCACAGACUUAUGCUUUUACGAAUCACUCCCAGGCGGAGUGGUAAGCGUUGGUACAUGAAUCCGUCUGGCGCCGAUUUCGGACUUACGCAAAACAUCUUCUCGGCUGCAGAAUUCGAAUCGGUUCACGUCAAGAGGCUUUGCCGAGUUUUCAACGUUGGAAAAUGCAGAGAAUUCGAGGAGGCUUGCGCCAAAAUCCAGAGAUCCGAUUCGUUUUUGACACAAAUUGACUUGACCAUUGCGUGGCUCAUGCGAAAAGUACUCUCCAAUUUUCUAUGGCAGCCCGGCAACGCUCUGGCAAGUAUCGUUCGGAGACCCGGCACAGUUUCUUCUGCUUGGAAACAAUCCUUGACGAAUGUGUUGACUGAGACUACACGUGGAUACGUCGCACGUUACGAUCCAAGCCAGUAUCUACAUGCCGUGCAUCGCGAAACUGAUCGAAUUGUUUGUGAGGGCAUGAUACAAGAAGUGGCUCACCGCCACAUCUUCGUUGACGUAAGAAUGGCGGCGGAGCGUGCAGAUAAUUCAGCUCCUGAGACUGAUGCAGCUGAUGAAUCAAUUCAGCGGCUCGGAACUGGAUCUUGUGCUGGCGGCAAUAAGGCCGACGAACCUGGGGUAGACGAAAUUCCCAACUCAAACAUGGAGCCCGAAGUACAAGCAGCGUGCGUCGUCUGUGGCGAGCCUGCUCACAACAGAUGUAGUGCUUGCAACAUGGAUACCUCACCGCGUCGCUACUGCGGCAAGGUCUGUCAAGUGAAGGAUUGGCCGACUCACAAGAAAGCUUGCAAGGAUAUCCAGAACACGAACCUUGAGAAGAAACUUACUCGCAUGGUCGAGAUCGUUCAACAAGGCUAUUACGACUUCAAAAAGAAUACGUGGCACAUGCCUGUCGUCAGGAUGGAGCGUCAUGGGAGCGAUGAGUUGAGACUUACCGUCAUUGGACCACUUGAUGGUAGCCGCACAGGAUAUUUCGUCAAAUUUCCUCAGCUUCCAGUCUCAGACAAGCGAACCGAGAAUGCUAUACUCUGUGCGAUGGCUCAUAACGAGUACUCGGCUUGGAUGUACAGCAUCAUUGGUGGUCUUACGGAAGGUUUAGACGUCAAGAUUGAGGAAGUUGACAUAUUCCUUACCCCGCGUCCCCACACGGUGAAAGUCCGUCAGAUCAACGAUGAUGAAACCAAACUCUAUCCAGGAUACUUCCCAAAUUACCAACAUGGGGUCCUUCGCGUCACAUCGACUAAGACGAGAAAGGUUUGGGCCGUCGAUAUCAGUGGCGCACAAUACGGUAUCUAUCAAGCAUUGUGGACAUGGGAAGAAUAUCAAUACUGUUUCAUGGGGGAUGUGCACCGGGUCUUUCCAUUUGGUUUCCUUAAAUCCGCGCUCAGAAGGAUGGGUGCGAUCCAGGGAGAACCAACUUUGGUCUUCCGUGUUGCGGGAAAGGUAGCAGACUGUCUUGCUAGUGAGGUGAACAAAGACUGGCAGAUUGUAUCUGGCGUAACCUUGUCCCAAAUGGUUGUAUUAGACGAGGAGAACUUUGCCAAACGCAAGUUGGAACUUCUGAGAUUCAUGGACGACGUGGUCCGCACUUUCGUUCACGCCAACGACUUUCAAGCAGAAUACAAAGCCGCGAUGGCUUACGAGCGGAAUAAUCCUGGGGUUAGUGAACAGCGUGUCGCGGAAGUCUUCAGCGACUGUCUCGCUACCAUGGCCAGCUUCGGCACGGAUUAA